CCCUCAGCCCCAGCCCCCCUCCGGCCACGCAGCCAAUCACAAUCGGGCAGGACCGUACUCCUCAUCCAAUCAAACACCCCCGACCCCUCUAUCCCCUCUACCGAGCCCCUCCACCAAUCAGAUUGCUGGGAUCCCCCCCUACCCAUCAGCCCCUGCUUCGGCAGGCAACAUCCCAUUACCUGCCACAGGUGUGUCAACUUCCUGUCCAUCUGGAUGCAGGCCCUCUCCCUAUCAUAGCACUUUAAAUAGUCAUGGCUCUUACAGUAGCUCUUACCAUGGCAACAGUCACAAUGUUAAUGUCAUGGCAACAAACAACAGCAGUACCACCAAUGGUGGUACCCUGAACAACAAUACUAAUAGCACACACUUGCAGUCCCUCUCUCCACAAAAUCCCCCUAAGGUCCAGCUUUCACACGGUACCCCUGGUGGUCCCCCUAUGACCAACCCCGUUGGUUCAGAUGGUCCGCCUGAUGCCCCGAUUGGCUCCUUACAGCCGCCAGUCAUAAAGGAAGAACCAAUCGAAGAGAGAGAGGAGAUAGAAAGCCCGAUCCCCGUCCUGAGAAGUCCCUCCCCCGAGCCGAAGCUUGUCGACAUUCCAAUCCAUGCCAGCCAAUCAGCUCGGUUCCACAGGGUACUAGACCGAGGCAAUGGGAACUCCUGUGCCCGCAGCGAUGUUCUCUUUGUUCCGUUGGACGGUUCCAAGCUGUGGAAGAAACGGAACGAGGCGAUCGAGCGAGCCAGAAGAGAGGUGGAGCAGCGGGCCAGAGACCUGAGGGAGAAAGAGAGGGAGCGAGAGAGGGAGAGGGAGAGAGAGAGAGACCUGGAGAGACAACUACAGCAGAAGGAUAAUCCCAGUACCACACCUGGGCCACUAGGGGCAGGAGGGCCUCGCCCCGGUGCCUCCCUCUUCUUCCCCAAUUCCUCCUCGAUCCUGCUAGACCCCGCCACUUCCUCCGCCUCUGUGGUCAACCCCGCCCACCAGGUCUCCCACGCCCACGCCCAGCACCACCACCAUGCCCACCACCCGACUCACGUUCACUCUCUCCACCACUCCCAUCCUCUCCACCCCUCCCUCUCUCACAGCAUCCCUCACUCCCUGCUCCUGCCUUCCAUGGGGGGGCAGGUGGUGGGGGGCCCACAGGCAGCCCUGGGGCUGGGCCUGGGGGGGCCUUACCUGGGCCCUGACACGCCUGCUCUGCGCACGCUGAGUGAGUACGCCCGUCCCCACGCCAUGUCCCCUCUUGGGGCCGCCGCACGGGCACAGCAAGGCCACCACCCGCACCUCCACCCGCACGUACACCCCCACGCACACGCACACGCACACGCACACCCCCACGUCCACCCCUCCUUCUUCCUGCCCCAGUUCCAGAACCCGGCGCUCGCGCACCCGCACCACCUGCCCACCGACGCAGCCACCGCGGCGGCCAUCUUGGGCUUCCUGUACGGGGGGAGUUUAGAGGGGGGGCAGGGGAUGGCGGCGCAUGGGCAUCCAGGGGUAGGGCCGGGGGGGAUGGGGGCUGCAGGGUUGGGGGGCAUGGGGUUUCCUCACGCCAUGGCCCACCGGGACCGCAUGAAGCCCGGUUUUGAGUUCAAGAGCGAGGAGCGUGUGUAUCCAGCGGGGGCGAUCACGGAGGCCGCGCUGUCUCUGUCCCACGCGCACACACACAGCCACACACACCCUCUGCUGCUGGGAGCGGGGGCUUCGGCGGGCGGGUCGACGAGUGAUGUGUCGCUCUAUGGCACCCCUCCUCCAUCUGCACCCCCCUCCCAGAGCCUCCCAAACACCCCCCUCACCACACCAGCUGCCCGUCACCCAAACCCCACCCCCCAGUCCAUCACAGCUCCACCCUCUGCCUCUCUAAUCCCACCCACUCUCCCUACCCAGCCCCCGCCAGCAGCGUCACAAGCCCCUCCCACCCCCACAGCCCCACCCCAAUCUGCCCAAGCCCCUCCCAUUGGCUCAGUUCUGCACCACCACUCUCCUCACCCGUCCUUCUCAAACGUUAACCCCGCCCACCCCGCACCUGUGCCCGCCCCUCAGUCCGCCUCCUCCGACAGUUACUCCUCCUCCCAGAGCCGCUCCCCCCUGAGUGAGAGAGCGUGCAGCGUAGAGAGAGAGAGGGAGAGGGAGCGUAGUGUGCCAGCAGAGAGAGAGAGAGAAAGGGAGCGGGAGAGAGGAGCAGUGGCUGCAGGAGGAGGAGGAGGAGGUGGUGGUGUAGGAGGAGGAGGAGUUGCAGCUGGAGGAGCAGCAGCAGGAGGAGGUGCAGGAGCAGGAGGCGCAACAACGGGGGCAGGAGCAACAGCAGGAGCAGGAGCAGGAGAGACACUCGGCCGUCUGCCGAUGCUGAACGUGACGCCACAUCAUCACCAGCACUCCCACAUCCACUCCCAUCUACACCUGCACCAGCAAGAUACAGCAGCGGGAGGGGUGCACCCCCUGAUGGACCCGCUGGCGUCCGGCUCCCCCCUCGCCCGCCUGCCCUACCCCGGGGCCACCCUGGGGCCCCCCAUCCUGGCGCACCCCCUCACUGACAGCGAGGUGCUACGCCAACAGCUCUUCGGUAAGCAAAGAGGUCCCUUCAGAGAGCUGCCCCAGUCCUCGUCUCUGGGUGGGUCCAUGUCGGCGGCUCACCAGCUGCAGGCCAUGCAGCAGGCCCAGAGCGCUGAGCUGCACAUCCAGCGGAUGGCGCUAGAGCAGCAGUGGAUCCACCACCACCACCACCACAGCCUGGCACAGGACGAGUACUACAGCCACCUGAAGAAAGAGAGUGACAAAACACUGUGAGGGAGGGAUCCGUGGGGUAGACAUGGAAAGAGGGGAGGAAGCAAUGGACUGAAGGAGAACGAAGAAAAUGAAGAAUUCGAGGAGCACAUGUGCAAAUAAAGAAACGAAUGAUAUUCGAAACGAGAGCACUGAAGAUGACUAGCAAAACUGGAAGGGUCGUGAGUCCCAGCACGCCAAUGAGAAGACCCAGAACUGAGCCGCCAAGUCAAGUCUGGCCAAUCACAGCCUGUGUAAUUACCGCAAACCCACCAGGCCCCACCCACACAUUCAGUGAAACUUCAACCAGUUCCGCCCAGCCUCAUGAUCAUUGUACCUUUGUAAAAUAGAGGCGGCGGAGACUGCAACAGCAACAGCGCCUGUACCAUAGAAUACUCCCCAGAGAAUGUCUGCAAAAUGAAGUCCUGUUUUAUGUCUUUGCAUGUAGCUAGAAGCCUACCCUAACCUGGUGAAACUCUUUGUUUGUUAAUGUUUGUUUGUCUUUUUGUUUAUGUUUCUUUACUGUUUGUUUGUUUUUUUUUUUAGUGAAGCCCUCACUCUAAAUGGACGGGUUUUUUAAUAAGUAUGCAUGAGACCAAUUUAGUGACAUAUUAUGUUUAUUAUUGAUAGUAUAAUGAUAAUAAUUAUUAUCAAUGUUGUCUGUUUGUUAAUAAUGAUAUGAUUAUAUAAACAUAUUAUUUUGUAUUAUUUUUUUACAUUUUCAUGGUAUCGCUGUUUAUUUUUAGUUUUUAUUUUGAAUUUCCCUUGUGAAAAAAAGAGAUGCAAAAUGAAGGAUGAUGAAAAAUAAAAGAUCGUUUUUCUACAUGUCUCCGGAGAA